AUGGGUUUCAUCUUUCGACUGGCAAUAUUGUUCAUCAUUGGUGCUGUAGUAGUAUCCGGAAUAACUAUUGAAUUUCAUAAUGGUCUUGGUUUUCCAAUUCAAUUAGUUGUGACACAAAAUAACGUCGCACCUCGACACGUAACUACAAUUCCAACAGGUCGACAUUUUUCAUACUAUUGCCCGCAAGGAUUUGCUGGAAAUUUUAAACAUGGGUGGGCUGGUAAAGGUGUAACACUAUUCGAAAUAUCUGUUCGAACACAUGACGCUAACACUUAUUAUGAUUUGAGUGUCAUUGAUGGUUUCAAUGUACCGAUGAAAGUUUAUGCUCCAGAUGGAACAAGAAUUCAAGCUUUACAUUCACAAGCACCAGAUGCUUAUCUAUAUCCGACAGACGAUAGCAAAACACAUGGUUUACGUGGAGAUGGAAAAUUCGUGGUUGUAUUUGAAUGGUAAAUGAUCGAACAAAACUUUUUUCGAUAUGAAAAUCAACAUUUUGGUCUUUGACAAUGAUAGGCUGAUGUGUUUUGAUCAAUACUUGAUGAGUGAUCUUUCUAUCUAUUUUGAGUUAUUUGUUCACUACUCUAAAAUAAAAAUAAAAAUUAACCACGAAUACAGUUGAUUCAUUUUCGAUUAUACACGAUAUUAUUUGUUAGCAUUGGGUACUUACUUUGUUGUGAAAAAGCAAAAGGAAUAUGUACAGGGUAGGUAAAAAUGUUUUUUCCAGGGGGUAAUGCUGUGAUUUCACAUAACAUCAACAACAAAUUUUAUACCAAAUUGAAGUGAGCGAAAAUAGGAUUUGUUAAUGCUAAAUAGUAAUGAUUAUGGCAACUUUUUAGUAUUGAAUUCAGGAAAUUUCUAAAAUCUUACGUCAUAUCAGCAAAGAAAAUUUCCUUUUGUGAAGUAGUUCAUGUUAGAUCUUACAUAAAAUGAUGAAUAUCAAUAGGUAAUAUUUAUUUUUUAAGAUUUGAUGAAUGUAGUCAAUAAUCAGUGUGACGACCAUUGGCGUUUUUACAGCAGAAAGAUGGGACGGAUACGAUCAUAAAAUAAUUUGAUAUAGAUUAUUGUUUGUUCCUAUGUUUGCCAAAACAAACGAAAUAUGUUUUAUUUUAGAGUUUCUUCAUCAUAGCGAUUUCCGUUCCGUCUCUUAUAGCAAUUUUCUUCAGCUUCAUUUUUGACUAUUUUUUCAAUAUUAUCUUACUAUCAGCGCGAAUCAGAAUUAAAGCAUUGUUUUAUAUGUUUGCACAUGUUUUAUUCAUUAGUCUUAGACGAAUGACUAUCAGAAAUUUUUUUUUUGUAUAUAGAAUCUCUUUUUGUUUCUCCAUAAAACGACACAAAAAGGAUUUACACUUUCUAAUGCAAUAAUACAAAAACACUGUUAAAGAAACAUAAUAAGUUGUUUGUGUACGGAAGUUAUUUAUAUUUUCUUUCCAUCUAAAAUGAGAUGCGAUUUUCUGAUACAAAUCGAUAAAUAUCAACAAUGUAUGGUGGGUCAGUCAUUGUAAUUAUUUCAUCACCCGUCUGCAUAUUAGUCACUUCCUAUUCCUUUUCGAUAAAACUAAAACGUAAAUAUUUUAGUUGAUGUUCAUUAAUAUGAGUGAAAAUGAAAGCAAUCCAUUUGCCAACAUUACACUGAAUGAAACGUAGGCAUUCUAAUCGAGGAAAAUGACGUUUGUUAAUAACGAAAGAAAGAAGUGGAAUCAUCACUUCUUCAUUCAAAUGUUUAUCUAUAAUAGACGGACAUUCUAUAUGUAGUCGAUCAAGACGUUGAAGAAAAGCAUCAAGAUAUUCAUUGUCAUGACCAUUAGUAAUCCAAUAAUUCAAUUCAUUUGUACUAACAAACAAACAUUUUAUAUUCGGUAAUAAACGAAGCCAGCCAGUUAAUUCUGCAAUGAAAAAAUGUCAGUAAAAUUCAGAGAUAAGUUUUACGACAAAAUUCAGUUAAACUUCCACACAGAAUAAAAGUCCAUCUCUACAAUUAUAAGUUUUGUGCAAAAAGACAAGCGAUCCACUUUGUGUAAGAUGGAUCAAAAUCGGUUAGAAGUGCAAGAACUUGUUAGCACUGGUUAUUCAGUUUAUUCAUAAAAACAACAAGAGGAA